AUGAGACCGGAACCACAAACCGAGGGCGCGAGUAGUAAGCCUGGUAACGAUUCGCAUGCUAAAUUUGUUGACACUGGGCCCAAACGUAUUCAUGAGGUGCAACAUUUCAAUGAGCUGUCGCGAGAGCCACCAAAGGGCGACGUGGGCGCCGAACAAGGCGGCGCGAUUGGGCGUUUUAAGGACCUUUCCGAGGUGGUGCACAAGGCUACGCGCCCUCUGCCAACUGAGACAGGAAACGGAACCUACAUAAAAGAUAGUUCCAAGGGUGGCAGCCUCUGGGAAGAUCUUCUGUCCCUGGGCAUAGAAGAUGCCAAAACCGUAAAGGAUUUUGUCAAGACUGAGGCCCUCGGACGACCGAUGGACGAUAAGACAAUGCUCAUGGAACGCAUCAUCCAGAUGGUGGCCAAAUUGCCCGACAAAUCCAAGAUCCGGGAGAAGGGAACUCAUAAGUUUCUAGGCAUUCUAUGGAACUCGCUGCCUCAUCCUCCCCUAUCAUAUGUCGGUGACAAAUACGCUUAUCGUUCGGCUGACGGGUCUUACAACAAUCCCACCUUACCACUGCUGGGUGCAGCUAAUACGGAAUAUGCUCGAACAACCGAAGCAUCAAAGAUGAGGCCAGCGAGUAUGCCUGACCCAGGCUUAAUCUUUGAUAGUAUUUUUGCGCGGGAAACUUUCAAGCCGCAUCCGAAUAAUGUCUCGAGCAUCUUCUUCACCUGGGCCUCGUUGAUCAUUCAUGACGUUUUCCAGACCGGCUACCCAGAUCAAAGCAUCAAUAAGACAUCAUCAUACCUUGACUUGUCCACUCUGUACGGGGAUAAUCAAGACGAGCAGAACAUGAUGCGUACGUUCGAGGAUGGCAAGAUCAAGCCCGACUGUUUCUCUGAGCCACGUCUCCACAUGCUGCCGGCGGCUUCGGGAGUCAUUUUGAUCAUGCUGAACAGAUUCCAUAAUCAUGUCGCCGAGCAGCUGGCCAGUAUUAAUGAGAAUGGUCGAUUCACAAAGCCUAAAGAUGAGAUAAUUGACCCAGUCGAAGCCCGAGCUGCCUGGGCUAAAUAUGACAACGACCUCUUCCAAACUGCACGCCUCAUCACUUGCGGCAUGUAUAUCAACAUUACCUUAUACGACUACCUGCGCACAAUCAUCAACCUCAACCGCGACAACAGUACUUGGAAUCUGGAUCCCCGUACACAUGAUGAUCAGGAUGAAAUUCCCACCGCAGAGGGCAACCAGUGCUCAGUUGAGUUUAAUCUCGCGUAUCGAUGGCACUCAACGAUUGGCCGCCAAGAUGAGGCGUGGACGGAGAAAACUUACCGAGAAAUCGUUGGGAAGCCAGCACAGGAAGCCACUUUGCAGGAUCUUAUGGAAGGCAUGAGGAAAUUUAAUGCCAGAAUGGACAAAGACCCUUCCAAACGUACAUUCGCAGGUCUGCAGCGCCAGGGCGAUGGCACUUUCAAGGACGUAGACCUGGUGGACAUAUUGACUCGCGCCAUUGAAGAGGUCUCCGGUUCGUUCGGGCCCAACAACGUCCCAAAGGUCUUGAGAUCAGUUGAGAUUCUUGGUAUCCAGCAGGCACGCAAAUGGAAUGUUGGGUCAUUGAAUGAAUUCCGCAAGUUCUUUGACUUGAAACCCUAUGAAAGCUUUGAGGAAAUCAACUCGGACCCAUAUGUGGCAGAUCAGCUGCGGCACUUGUAUGAGCACCCAGAUUAUGUGGAGCUGUACCCUGGGAUCGUUGCAGAGGAGCCCAAAGAACCUAUGGUCCCGGGGGUGGGUAUUGCCCCAGGAUACACUGUCUCCCGCGCUGUUCUGUCGGACGCUGUGGCACUGGUUCGGGGUGACCGAUUCUACACAAAGGAAUUUAAUGCCCGGAACCUGACGAACUGGGGUUUCAGCGAGGCCAACUAUAACCUGGAAAUCAACCAAGGUUGCUCGUUCUACCGACUUGCGUUGCGAGCAUUUCCCAAGUGGUUCAAGUACGACUCAAUCUACGCUCACUAUCCCAUGACGAUCCCCAGCGAGAACCGGGUCAUUAUGAAAGCGCUGGGCCGCGAAGAGGACUUCUCAUGGGAUCGUCCAGCGUAUAUUCCGCAGCGGAUAAGUGUCUUUGACUAUGCCAACGUUCGUCAUAUCCUUCAGGAUGCGUCGAAUUUCCGGGUGAUGUGGGGUGAAGCAACCGCGUACGUAUUUGGGCCAAAGGGCUGGGACUUUAUGCUCUCGGGCGACGCGCCCACUCAUGCAAACCAGCGCAAUAUUAUGUCGCGCGCGCUCUAUCGUGGCCAGUGGCACGACGCCGUCAAGCAGUUCUACCUCGACAUUACCCAACAGCUUCUCACAGAAAAGUCAUGCAGGGUGGGAAACGUAAACCAGGUGGAUAUUUCGCGCGAUGUUGGGAAUCUUGCCCAUGUUCACUUUGCUUCCAGCGUGUUCUCUCUCCCUCUCAAGAGUAGAGAACAUCCGCAUGGGAUUCUAACAGAACACGAGAUGUUUGAGGCAAUGGCAGUGAUCUUUACAGCUAUUUUCUUUGAUGCGGAACCUGUCAAAUCCUUCGAGCUACGCCACAAGGCUCGCGAAGCCGCAGAAAAACUGGGUAAGCUCGUCGAGAUUAACGUCAAAGCUAUCAAGUCGUCCGGUCUUAUUACCACAUUACUUGGCAAUAUGCAUGCCAACAAGAACGCACUCUUUGAGUAUGGGGUGCACAUGGUGGAGCGGCUGUUGCAGAGUGGCCUGGAUCCUGAACAGGUGACAUGGUCUCAAAUUCUUCCAACUGCCAUCGCCAUGGUGCCGAAUCAGGCCCAGGUAUUCACCCAAAUCAUCGAUUAUUACCUAUCCGAUAAUGGCCGGAAGCAUCUGCCGGACAUCAAGCGCUUUGCCAAGGAAGACUCUCCUGCUUCGGACGAGGUGCUUCUCCGCUACUGCAUGGAAGCGAUCCGCCUGAACGGCAUCUUUGGCUCGUACCGGAAAUCCCAAACCAACCUGACCCUCGACGACAAGGGUGGUAAGGUUCACAUCAAGGCGGGUGACAAAGUAUUCGUGAGCUUUGUUGAUGCAAACCGCGAUCCUAACGUAUUUCCAAAGCCCAAGGAAGUUGACCUCAACCGUCCUAUGGACUCGUAUAUCCAUUAUGGAGUAGGUCCGCACACAUGCUUGGGUGGCGAGGCUAGUAAAGUUGCUUUGACGGCCAUGCUGCGCGUUGUGGGCCGUCUGGACAACCUUCGCCGUGCUCCAGGAGCGCAGGGGGAGUUGAAGAAGAUCUCGCGUGAACAUGGGUUUUAUACUUAUAUGCGCGAGGAUCAAAGCGCCUUUUACCCGUUCCCAAUGAGUUGGAAACUCCAUUACGAUGGAGAAAUCCCAGGAAAGGAACAGCCGGUCCGUGGAGACUUUGUAUGCAACGUACCGGGACAUUGGCAGAAUUGA